AGGCCAGGCUGGAUGUGGCUCUGGGCAGCCUGGUCUGCUGGUUGGCAACCCUGCACAUAGCAGGAAACUCGGUGAUCAUUGUGGUCCUUUUCAACCCAGGCCAUUCUAUGAUUCUUAUGCCCCUGCCCAUGAUUCUCACUCAUCAGCUUGAUUUUCACUGUCUUACAUCAGACUUCAUUUUACAUUUGACUUGGGUGUGCUCAUGCUUGACAAAGAACAGCCAACACUUCACUCUGUAAAAGUCUAGUUUUGGUUUUGACACCUUUCUGUUGUGUUUGCUUAUGACUAAAUUCUGGUUUUGGUGGUUUGUUACCUUUGUAUUCAAGUACGAUAGUGAUACAUCACCAUACAUAUUUCUCUAUUCUCUGGUAAAAAAUAGUGGGUUUUAUUUAUUUACUUCAAGUAGUCUGUGCUUCAGCUGAUGGCUUCCAGCCUGGGUUACCAGCCUUAGAGUGUGGUGAGUGAAAUGUGCUCUGCUGCUGCUGACAGUGCUUAGGAUUUAGUCAGAACUGAUGGCUUUGUAUCCAGAUAUGUGUAUUUAGUGAUGGUUUGUUCAAAAACGUUACACAGGACAGAUUGCUCAUUGUCAGGGCAAGUGGGAUUUUUCCAUCCUGUUUUAAAAAGUGUUCCUAACAGCCUUGUAUAAAAAUGUCUUCAUGUCAAUAGCAAAUUAGGGAGGAGUGCUGCACAGCAGAUUGCACCGAACUUUAACUAGUGCACAUUUGACUACAGUUGAUGUGUCUUCGGACAGCUUUUCAAAAUAGCGUGUUUGUUGUCUAGCCUGGAUUCAUUUUGAACAGGUUGUCUUCAUGGUUAAGCUGUUAUCAUACAAGUCAUAAAACUUACGUUAGAGACAUUCAGACUUGAAAACAUGGUUUGUGUUGUAUUUCCAGUGGGUAGUGCUGGCAGCUGCAUCCAUAUGGAAUUUUCCCAGGGGGAGCUUAAAUGGAAAUUGAUUAUUUGAGCCUUCAUGAAUAAGAAGAGUGAUAACUCUCUGUUGUUUUAUGUUCUAGUUAGUAUUUUCAGAUGUGUCUGGUGAGAUAUUUGUGGCGCCUAAAUGAUGCUGAGGGUGGCUUCUGAGCUGUUUCACUUGUUCAAGAAGUAGGUAUUUGAUACUGGGCAGAAAUGCACUCAGCGCAUAUGUGUGCGUGUGAAUCUAUCAACCAGUGUAUUCAGGGUCGAUUUCCUUAAGUGUUGUUUAACACAUUCCAUGAAGAAAGAGCCAGGAGAAAGAAAAGAGCUCUUUCAGUCAGAAGACAGGCACAGCUUUGCUUUCAUCAAGUGGGCAGGAAAGUGACCAAUAUGAUCACUCCACCCAAAAUGGUGGAGUGAAUGGACCGUCAUAUGGAAGCUGAAUUGCUGUGACUAGCACCUAAGGCAGGUGGAGUUUUCAAUGGGUUUCAGUUGGUUGUUGUUUAUUUCCUUACAUGUUUUACUUCAAAGUGAAGUAGUAAACUUGCAUGCGUAUUUGAUGAAAUGAACAGCUUCUGAAGGCAUGCUGUGAUCAAACCUGUUGUGUGCUGUUCUCUGUGCUCUCUUUGGAUCAGUGUCUCCUGUGUCUGGACCAGGAAUGUGAUGGCUGGUUAUAUAGUGCAUGGAACAGUAUAAACAGCAGUCCUGUAGAGUGGUCAAAACUGGGGUAACUCUUUGAGCACUGCGAUAGAACAGUGUAUUUCAUGAGGGUGUAUGUUUAAUUCUCACUGCUUUUGUGAAGUGAAGAAUAACAGAACCAUAGAAUAGCUUAGCUUGGAAGGGACCUUAGGGACAACGUAGUUCCAGCCCCCUGCCACGCACAGGGUUACUUUAGAUAGAACCCAGUGAGUAGGAUCGUUACUGGUUUGGGUUGGGGAGCAUUAAUUUACAGCAGUGCAAUGUGUGAACAUUUCUUAUGAAUCCUAUAUGGUGAAUUUCUAUCCCAACUUUCUGCUGCUGUAAGGAGUUACCUCACUCACACCACUUCCUUUCUCCCAGCUACACACAGAUUUUUCUUCUUGUUUUGCUGUCUUGAAUUGGCUCAACAAAAAAGUACGGUUUUGCUUGCUUUUCCAUACUGGUUUAAGCAGCUGAACCCACCUAUGAAAGAUUGCUGGAGUACCAGCAAGAGAUGGGUGCUGGAACUGCUAAAUUGGAUGCUCAGCAUCUGAUGGAAUUUCGCCUUUCAGGAAGCCCUGUGUUGCUGAGCUGUUGUAUUUUUAGGAUAUCAGGCUCAAAUUUACUUUGCAUACGGUUUUUCCCUGUUGCUUAAUCACCUAAUACCAGUGCUCCAUUUGGUUGAGAGGAACUGCAUCUUCAGCAGUCAUUUAAGAGUGAAAGGCAAAAUAUGCAACAAGAGAGGCUGGUGCUGUGGUUUUUGUUGUUGUUAUUCCAAAGUUACAGCCACCAUUUCUGCUUGUUGCUGCAGUCAGGUUAGGUCAGGAGGAAGAAUGUGUUUGUUCAAUUAUGUGCAUGGACUUACCAGGAAGGGAAGGCGAACCAUAUCCCAGCAAUUACCUCUCUCUAUAAGCAGCUCUAGUAGAGCUCUCAUUGGAAGUCCACUCCUUAUGGAGACUUGGGAAAUUAAUGGUAAUUUUCCUAAAGAGUGUGCAGCUCAUUGCUAAAUGUCAUACAUAACCACUUUUUUAAUUUAUCAGUCCCUCUGUAUUGCCAUUACAGUAAUUACUACAGACAUGUUUUGACACCAAGGAGACAUCAAUUUAAAUCUAUGGUAGAGCUGAAGUUUGUUAAAAUAAACUUUCAUUAAAAUAACUGUUGGGUUUUUUCCUUCUUUUUGUCAUUUCCCAGUUUUAGAAAAACAUACCUUCCAUAGGUUGUUCUCUUCGCACGUUCUGCCUCAGCUGUGAUGAAAAUGCUGAUUUCUGCAGUGAAGGCUCUGAGCGCUGCCUCUCAGGCUGGAGGUGCUGUUUGGAGCAUUGGGUUAAACCGUGAGGUCACGUGGAACAGAGUUAUGGGAAAGAGCUUUUGAUAUUGCCUAAGUGGUAGGCUGAGAAAUGUCAAAGUAUAGGAAUAUCUAGGAAUAUAUAAUUAUAGAAAGUGAAUUCCUCUUCCAACAAAAAUACUAUUACGUUGUUAAGGUCUUUAUUACUGAACAGUUGUGUCUUUUUAAAGUGCAUAAUACGUGGCAAAAUGUAAGUAACAACUGAACCUGCAGUGUUUUUCUUCCCACUUGAGUGUUCUGUGUGCUUUAUAACAACUUGGUAGCUAAUGCCCCUGUCAAGGAGGAAGAAGUCUAUCUCCAUGCUGGUUCUCAGACGUUCUCUGUGUGCCAUGUGGUUUUAUGAGUGGGGAAAACUUCCAAUAAGCACAUAUGUGGGCUAAAAGAGGAGGAACUGGGUUAAAAUUUAAGACAAUUAGUAGACAAUUCACUUUAUUACAAGAAAAAAACCCAACCAUAACAUGAUAUUGGAUAUACCCCAUACAGGGAGAUCUCAGCUGUGGCAUCGCAGUGCAUGACGGUGUUUGUCAGAAGUGGUAUUUUGUUAGGACUAGCUGGCUGAAGAAGAGUGAAGAAUAAUGACAUUAAUUAUUCUGCCUUCAGUAGUCCAUCGCGUCCCUUUUUGUUUUAGUCCUUUCUGGAGGAAAUCCAAACUCUUCGAAAACUAAUUUCACUGAACUGAUCUAAAAUCUCUAUUCCAAAGUAGAGAAAUGGUGUGGUUGUAUUUAACAUGAACUGUUGAUUCUCACUAUUGAAUGACAUUUCCAGGCACAUGAAAUCAUCCACCUGGACCAACAUUUGCUACCGUCAUUAUUAUGACAUGCAACAGUUCCAAUAACAGCUGCUGCUUUCUCUGGGUUAUCCAGUGUUCUUUCCGUGUUACUUGGUGGGUGUGUUUCUGCUGUUCUGGCAUUCUAAAGUGAAUCCUCUCCAAUACGUUUUUGCUUCUUGAAUCUGAAUUAAUGGUGAGGAGAGGAAAUAAAUGUGCUGGCCUCAGCCUUUGCUUUGCUGAGUUCUUCAAGUACCUCUUAACGUGCCAUCCCACCCCAAGAAAGUUUCUGUCAGGAUUAUCCUGAAAGGAUGGUCAGAGAGAGAAUUGUAAAGAAAAACCACGGGCAUCCCUUGGUAAAAGUAAAGCAGAGGAAAAAGCGAAAAAGAAACAGAAAAAUGAAGAUGGCAGAAAUCACCAAACAGAAUCCAGGUGGAGCGGCUCAUCUCAUUCCAGGCAACCAGGAAACAUCUGAAAGCGAGGGGGAUGACUCAGAAGAGGAAAACAGAAAGUCCAUGUGUGCGCCUGGGGAGGGUGCUGAGGAUCCGAUGGGAGGUUGCGAGGAGCGGCCGAAUGGUGAUAAGGAAAGUGGGGCAGAAGCUGUGAGCUCUCCUGUCCCAGAGACCUCAGCCGUAUCCAAUGGGGUGCUGGUGCAUGAAUUGCCUGUAGGAAGUGGCAGCUCACUUCUAGUAGAUGAGAAACCCCCUUGUACUGGAAGCACGACCAAAAACGUGUUUGAUGAUGAGGAAGCAAAUCAAAGGCAUAGGGAAAAUCUUUGCAAGAGCGGUACCCUGAAAAUAAAGAAUGAUGCAAGUUGUAUCCAAGAAGCAGAAUGCAACUGUAAAGGUGACGGUCUGCUGUCCAGCACAGAAAGCAAACUUAGAAGUACGUGUGAACCUGGCAUGGAAGCUGAACGGAUACAUUUGAAUGGUGAAGAAAAAGAAGUCUCUCACUGUCACAAUUCCAAAGUGCAUUACAACGUGCCUGAUAGUAACACAGACAAUAAAAGUGCAGUGAAACCAGAAGAGAACUGCUCUAAUGCCUGGGCUUUUUUUUCAAUGAAUUUACCUACUGAGGAAUUGCAGCUGGGCUUUGAUACACAGCUUUCUCCUUCUUGGUCUGAGGAUAAGUCUGUAGGUGAACAAAGGCAGAAAAAAGCGAGGAAACCCAAACAGAUGUGCACCAACAGUUCAGCAGAGCUGAACUGCCCCCAGCCCAGUGAGGGAUUGGUAAAGGAAAACCACCAGGAAAUGGUGACUGAGGAGGCAGGUAAUAUACAGAGCAAUGGUCUGUUGGCAUCUCUGCCUGGUGAAGUGCACGUGGGUUCAUUUGUGGAGCCCAGGAGCACCUCCACGCACUGUUCAAUGGAAGCAAAUGCUUCAGGAAACAAUGCUGCAUCAGUUGCACCAAAGAGAAAAAGGUACAGAAGAAUAGUCAACUUGGCACCCAAGUUUAAUCUGCCCAGAGAGAUCGCUGGUGCUAUGGAGGGAGGGGAGGAAGUCCCACUAAAAGGCAACAGCCCCUCAGAAAGUGUAUUAGAAGUGGAGAAAAAGAGCUUUCUGCACCAGGACCGUGGAUUGGGACAUGAACAGAACCUGGCGUUUCAGGAGUAUGCUGCACCGUACAGUGGCCCUGAGGCACCCUAUUCCUUGCCCACCCCUGACGUCGAUUCCCCUUUACGAGCUAUUUCGUAUUUUCAUUUGGGACAGUCUUCUCCAUUGCCAAAGUAUUCUUGUAGCGUUUGUGUGAUUUCCAGGACAAAGGAGGAGCGAGCUCAAACUCCAAGGCAGCAUCAAGCGGUUGGUAACAAAGAAGGUGAGAGUGAACAAACCUCCUCAGACGUUACAAGCUGCCAACCAGAUAUUUUGUCUUCUGUUAAAGCUGUUUCUGAAUAUGCAGAAGAUCCGAGCGUCUCAGAAAGGUGUGUUGCAAAUGUGCACAAAGCAGAUGGCCCUGAGCCAUCAGAGGCCUCUCCACCUGCAUUUAAACAAGAUAUGAAUAUGAAAGCCAGCUUCCUGGGACUUCCCUUAUCCAUAGGAUUUGCUUUUCAACUUGUGCAGCUCUUUGGUUCUCCGGGUCUUCCGCUGGAAUCCUUGUUGCCAGAUGAUUAUAUAGUUCCUCUUGACUGGAGAGUUUCAAAGAUGAUCUAUUUACUGUGGAAGACCUCUGUGGAGGAGAAGCAGAAAGCAAAUGGGUUGCAGAGUGGAAGUGCCUUGGCUGCUGAUAUUAUUACCCUUGAAGAUCUAAAUGAAAGUCACCAUGAGAAUGAGGAGUCUUCUGAAAUGCUUCCAGAAAUGUCCCCUGGGGUGAUGGAAGAGAACACCGCGACCCGUGCCAGCAGUGGCUGUCUGGGUGCUGUCCUCCAUCAGUUGUGACAGAACAUCUGAAUUAAAAAACACAACAAAACACCUGCAUGAAGGAAAAGAAACUUCAUUUUGAUUCUGCCGUGGAAGGGAUUCAGUUUGCAACCAAAGAUUUUAAAUGUGAGGAGCAACCUGGAAGAAAGUAACCAGUAUGGAUUUCUGGUGUGAAUCUGUAGUUUUCUUUUUCCUUCCCCGGUAUCAGCUGCUUUAUGCACAUAAUAAAAGUCACAAUUGAGAAAAUUA